GCCAAAGCUCGUCACGCACACCCCGACUUGGAAGAUAUCAAUUUUGACGAUAAAUUGCCACCGCCAAUCAAGCCAACCACUCCAGGGGCCGUUGAGACCAAGAGCUACAAUCACGGCUCAUUGUCUGACUUUAGUGAUUACGACUCAUCCGCGGAUGAGGCACCACGAGCUUCUACAUCUUCGGGGCGACCUUCAACUUCUACGCAAGGCCGGUUUGACUACAAGAAAGGGAUCGUAGAUACUGAAGAUUACGGUGGCGAUACCAAGCAGGGCUUGCUUGACGAUGAAGAUCCAUUUGCUGAUCCAUUUGCUGAUCAAGAUGACGUCGGAACCCCUGGUAUCCCUGAAAAAGGGCAACCCAAAUGGUUGGUCGCAUUGUAG